GACAUCGUCCUCAUCUUCCUCCUCUCAUCUCUAUUGAUCUCACGCCUUGGUGGGUAAACAUCAUGGCGGGAGCAUCAGGUCACCUCUUGGUCCCCAAGGCCAUGAGGCUGAUCAGAUACGCCGUCGAAAAGACGGGUCGUCUCAUUCGUGAGAAGAUUCCGCAGGCAGCAAAGCCCGUCGAGGCCAAUGUCGAACCUGCCUACGCCCGCGUUUCUCAACGACAACCCCUCAGCCGCAUCAAUCAGAUUCGACAAGCUCAAAGCACCCGUCUUUAUAGCACCAGCCAUGCUGCCAAAAAUACUGUCAGACACUAUUCUUCCCGUUCCGGUCCUUCGACACGAAGCCGAGCGUCCUAUCCGUCCUCUCGAACAGCCACCGCUGUCGGUCGAUCCACUGGCCGAGCUCCAUUUGCCUCGACCCUUCGUCCAAGUCUCACAGGUGGUACACUCUGCCGCUCAGCUGGAGGUUAUGGUCUGGGAGGUGGCCGCGUCGGUGGAGCGAGAUAUUUCUCACACUCACCAACCGCCCCGGCUCAAGUUGUCAACAAUGUCUCCCAGGCUGUUCGAGCGUUCUGGUUGUCCGGACAGAAAGCACGCUUUGAUGGGGCUACAAAGACCGGGGAGAAACGAUUCAGAGCCAUUUCGAAUCUGCAAGAAGACGCCAGACAUAGAAUGGACAUGUCUUCGGUCAACGCACCUGGCUCGUUCAUCGACUUCAAAGUCUGCCCAACCAUCACCGCCGUUGGGCCACUUAGCAACAUCCCACGCUCGCCAUCUGCAUCUUGUGAUUACGAGUCCGAGCAGCACACCUUGAGCAACACCAACACCAUGUCCAACUUGGCCGUCGACUUUGCCCGAGCGUUGAAAGAUCUAGCGGCAAUCAUGAACGAUCUGAAACAUCUGGCAACCUUGGGCGACCUGCCUCUCUUCCUGCAUGACAAUAGCACCCUCCGUGUUCGAUUCCCUGGUUGUGACCUGGACACGGUAGAGGCUUUGUGUAUUGAGCUCAACAUCAAGCGUGGCAUCGUCGGUCAGGAUGAGGACUUUGACUCUCAGAACGGCACUGACAUGGCCCUGAUGUUUCCAUUCGCUCCUAGCAAGACAGCAAGUGAAGUUUGCCUGGAGGCUCUGGCAAGGCCCAUGAAACGAACCAAGCGCGACCGCGUGGAUUGGCACGAAAUGCUCACUCCUCCCCAACAGCAUUCGGCAGGCUACUCUCAUGUCUCUGUCCGGAGUCCGUCUCCAGGUAGUUUUGAAGUCGUCGAUGGUGUCUUGGAUACUAACCCAUUGGUCUCGUCCUCGUCGGGAUACUCCAGUCUACACGAGAGCGAAUUGGGUGAGGAAGAUGCGGCCAUGUACUUCUUUCAGCCUGGUAGAGCGAGAGUAUCGGGUAGGAAUCCAGCUUCAACCACAUGCAACAGGUAUGAAGGGCUGGAAGGGAUUUAUCGCUUUAUCGAGGAAUGUGACCGAGUUCGGUCCUGACUGGAUUGAAAGUUACGCUGUCGCCGUCGAGUGCAGCCCUUGUAAAUGGCGUCCAUUCGUUAUACUCUGGAUUUUUCUUUUAGUUUUGUGUCUUUAUAGCAGAAAGAGCCACAAUUAGCGAGCCUCAGAAUGGAAUGAAUCACGUCUCAUUAAUGAUAACUAUUGUCAUUUGCC